UUUUGUUCCGCCCGAGCGGCCCCUGAGAUGGCGGCAGGGGAGACGGUGAAGGUUGCCGCCGGGCCCUCCGGGCUCUAGUCCACCGUCUCCCCGCGCCCCGGCGGCCGGCCCAUGGCCUGGCGGAGGCCCGCACCAUGGACCUCCGCAGCGCCGUGUACAAGGCGGCCCGCGACGGCAAGCUGCAGCUGCUUCAGAAGCUGCUCAGCGGCCGGAGCCGGGAGGAGCUGGAGGAGCUGACGGGCGAGGUGGCGGGCGAGGGGACGCCGCUGCUCAUCGCCGCGCGCUACGGCCACCUGGACGUGGUCGAGUACCUGGUGGACCGGUGCGGCGCGAGCGUGGAGGCGGGCGGCUCGGUGCACUUCGAUGGCGAGACCAUCGAGGGCGCGCCGCCGCUCUGGGCCGCCUCGGCCGCCGGCCACCUGGACGUGGUGCGGAGCCUGCUGCGCCGCGGGGCCUCGGUGAACCGCACCACGCGCACCAACUCGACGCCGCUGCGCGCCGCCUGCUUCGACGGCCACCUGGAGGUGGUGCGCUACCUGGUGGGCGAGCACCAGGCGGACCUGGAGGUGGCCAACCGGCACGGCCACACGUGCCUCAUGAUCUCCUGCUACAAGGGCCACCGCGAGAUCGCGCGCUACCUGCUGGAGCAGGGCGCCCAGGUGAACCGGCGCAGCGCCAAGGGCAACACGGCCCUGCACGACUGCGCCGAGUCCGGCAGCCUGGAGAUCCUGCAGCUGCUGCUGGGCUGCAACGCCCGCAUGGAGCGCGACGGCUACGGCAUGACCCCGCUGCUGGCGGCCAGCGUGACGGGCCACACCAACAUCGUGGAGUACCUCAUCCAGGAGCAGCCUGCCGGCGAGGAGGCGGCACCGGCGCUCUCGUGCAGCCGCCCCGGAGGCGCACAGCCCCGGCGCAGCCUCGCCUGCAGCAGCCCCUCCCCGGAGGAGCCUCCUAGCGCCGAAUCUUACGAGAGCUGCUGCCCCACCAGUCGGGAGGCGGCCGUGGAAGCCUUGGAGUUGCUGGGAGCCACCUACGUGGAUAAGAAGCGGGAUCUGCUGGGCGCCAUGAAACACUGGAGACGCGCCAUGGAGCUGCGGCACCAGGGCGGCGAGUAUCUGCCCAAACCAGAGCCCGCGCAGCUGGUCCUGGCCUACGACUAUUCCAAGGAGGUCAACACCACCGAGGAAUUGGAAGCGCUCAUCACCGACCCAGACGAGAUGCGUAUGCAGGCCCUGUUGAUCCGCGAGCGCAUCCUGGGUCCGUCUCACCCAGACACUUCGUAUUACAUCCGUUACCGGGGCGCGGUGUACGCGGACUCCGGCAAUUUUGAGCGCUGCAUCCGGUUGUGGAAGUACGCCCUGGACAUGCAGCAGAACAACCUGGAGCCUCUGAGCCCCAUGACUGCCAGCAGCUUCCUGUCCUUUGCCGAACUCUUCUCUUAUGUGCUCCAGGACCGUGCGGCUGUGGCCAAGGGCGGCCUGGGCACACAAAUCGGCUUUGCAGAUCUCAUGGGGGUGCUGUGUAAAGGGGUGCGGGAAGUGGAGCGGGCCCUGCAGCUGCCCAAGGAGCCCGGAGACUCAGCCCAGUUCACCAAGGCCCUGGCCAUCAUCCUCCACCUGCUCUAUCUGUUGGAGAAAGUAGAAUGCACACCCGACCAGGAGCACCUAAAGCACCAGACCGUCUACCGGCUGCUCAAGUGUGCCCCCCGGGGCAAGAACGGCUUCACCCCCUUGCACAUGGCCGUGGACAAGGAGACCAAGAACGUGGGCCGCUACCCAGUGGGUAUAUUCCCCUCCCUCCAGGUGGUCAAGGUCCUGCUCGACUGUGGGGCAGACCCAGACAGCCGGGACUUUGACAACAACACCCCGCUGCACAUCGCGGCCCAGAACAACUGUCCGGUGAUCAUGAACGCCCUGAUCGCAGCGGGGGCCCACAUGGACGCCACCAAUGCCUUCAAGAAGACGGCUUACGAGCUGCUAGAUGAGAAGCUGCUGGCCAAAAGUACCAUUCAGCCCUUCAACUACAUCACCCUGCAGUGCCUUGCGGCCCGCGCCCUGGACAAAAACAAGGUCCCCUACAAGGGCUUCAUCCCUGAGGAGCUGGAGGCUUUCAUCGAGCUGCACUGACAGGGUCCUGAAGGGGGAAACCGGGAGGGGUGUAGCCCACACUGGUCCUCGCCCUCUCUCGGUGAUGUGUCAGGUGGCAUAAAACAGGAGAAGGGCUCUCCUGCCUCCACGGCCCUUCCUCUCUGCAGAGAGAGGGAAAGGAGU